AUGUCCUCGCCGUUCUCCAUCAACGGCGGCGCCUGCGUGGCAAUGGUGGGCAAAGACUGCGUAGCCAUCGCCUGCGAUCUCCGACUCGGCCUCCAAUCUCUCACCGUCAGCAACAACUUCCCCAAGGUCUUCAACUACGGCCCCAGCCUCUACCUCGGCCUCACAGGCCUCGCGACCGACGUCAGCUCCGUCUCAGAGCUGUUCCGAUACAAAGUCAACAUGUACCGGUUACGGGAGGAGAGAGACAUUGCGCCACAGACCUUCGCGAACUUGGUGUCGAGUAGCUUGUACGAGAGGCGGUUUGGCCCGUGGUUCAUCGGUCCAGUUGUGGCGGGUAUCAACCACACAACAGGGAAGCCGUUCAUUUGCGGCUUCGACUCAAUCGGCUGUAUCGACUUCGCAAAGGACUUCAUCGUCUCCGGCACAGCUUCAGAUCAACUCUUCGGAACCUGCGAAGGUCUCUGGGAGCCCGACCUCGGCCCCGAGGACCUCUUUGAGACCAUCUCUCAAGCACUCCUCAACGCAGUCGACCGCGAUGCACUAUCAGGUUGGGGCGCGCACGUGUACAUCAUCGAGAAGGACAAGGUGACCAAGAGACUGUUGAAGGGACGACAAGAUUAG